ACUAUGGGUUGAGCUGCACGAACUUGAAUCAACGAGCAGGUACUCUACAACGGGACAUCAAACACAAAUCGCCAGGCAUAAGCUAGACAGUAGCUAGACAGAAGAAGAGAAACUGCCAACCAGAGAACUGCACAUACGACCUAACCUUGGAAAAGGGACACGGCGUCAUGCACCGCAUUCACAGUGCCCAGUGGCCCACUUUGGCCCCUCGAAUCUUGACACAGGCUCCAGGCAGAAGUAGAAGUUUUGGGAUGCGAAAUAGCGCCUUGGGCUGCAGCCUUCAAGCUGGCAUUGAAUCUUUGCAAGGUGCUCGCGCUUCAAACUCGCAGGUGCACAUUCCAAGGACACAACGACGUGUGGCAAGGAGCGCCAGGGCCGCAACAGGACGAGGUUCUUCAAGUUUUUGCUUUGAAGUGGCAGCUACAGCAGGUGUUUGCCGAUGGGUUGCCUCAACUGUUCGUCGGAGACGCUUGUCGACACUGGCACGCAAAGCUGCAGCUGCAGCAGUACAAAGUGAGGAAAACUUGGGUACAAUGGUCAGCCCUUCGGUGGUUACAAGUGCAGAUGCAGCUGUUACUGGUGUUUACGACACCAUCCGGUCUGUUGAGUCGCCUGCCAUUCCCUUUGUGAGCGUAAAAACUUUGGGUGAAGAUGGUAUCAGUCCGGCCAUUGGUGCGGAAGUUUGGAUCCGUGCUCGUGUUGCCACUGUCCGCGUCAAGGGCAAAUCGACGUUUGUUGUGCUGCGAGAGGAUAGCUUGUACACAGUCCAGGCGUGUAAGUUCAAAGACAAGGAGGAUGGAGGGGGAAGCGCGACGGCUGUAUCCCGCUUCUUCAAGUCGAUUCCGCUGGAAAGCAUUGUUGAUCUUUGUGGAGUUCUUGCGGAGGCCAAUGUGUCCAGCUGCACUCAGAGCAACGUGGAGCUCCAGAUCAAGCGGGUGUUCUGUGUGUGCCGCGCAGCAGCGCAGCUCCCAUUUUUGAUGGCGGAUGCCCAGCGCAGCGAGGAAGAGAUUGUGGCCUCGCAAGGCAGCAAGAGACCGUUUGUCCGAGUUCUGCCAGAUCUUCGUUUAGACCAUAGAUGGCUUGAUUUGCGGGUGCCCGCUCACAACGCAAUCCUUCGGAUUCAGUCCGCAGUGUGCAGACUCUUCCGGGAAAGCUUGGCCAAGCGUGGCUUCGUGGAGAUCCAUUCUCCCAAACUCAUCGCUGGUGAAAGCGAAGGAGGCGCAGAGGUCUUUCGAGUAGAUUACUUCGGCUCCAAAGCGUCGCUGGCGCAGUCACCUCAGCUGUACAAACAGAUGGCAAUGUCUGCAGACAUGCCAGGUGCAUUCGAGGUAGGGCCAGUCUUUCGCGCAGAGAAUUCCAACACUGCUCGGCAUCUAUGUGAGUUCACAGGCCUCGACUUGGAGAUGCCAAUUCGGUGGCACUAUGAUGAAGUGAUUCAGGUCAUCCAUGAGACUCUCUCCAGCAUUUUUCUUCGGCUGGAGGAGGAGCAUCAGGAAGAGCUGACCAUCAUCAGGAAGAUGUACCCUUCUGAGGCACCAAAAUUUCCUCUCUCGGAGCCCUGUGUUCUGCACUGGGAUGAAGCCAUGGAACUUCUGCGCAGCAACGGUGAGCCUCGAGAGGACAUAAUGGCAGAUUUGAGUACAAACGAGGAGAAGUUAUUGGGAAGCCUCGUUCGUGAGAAGUAUGGAUCUGAUUUGUUCUUUCUCGACCAGUACCCAUCUGCUGUCAGGCCCUUCUACACAAUGCCAUCGAAGGAGAAGCCAGAAUUCUCCAAUUCAUAUGACGUGAUAUUUUGUGGCCAGGAAAUUGGAAGUGGAGCUCAGCGAUGCCACGAUCCAGAGCUGCUUGAGGCAAGAUGUGCAUCGCUUGGAGUUCCAACUGAACCUCUGCAGUCAUAUAUUGAAUCCUUCAGGCAUGGUGUCCCACCACAUGGCGGCGUCGGUCUGGGUUUGGAACGCAUUGUGCAGUUGUACCUGGGCUUGGACAACAUCCGCAAAGCAAGCAUGUUUGCUCGAGAUCCAACACGCCUGACCCCAUAGAUCCCCAUAGCACGUAGAGGUCACUUAGAGUGUCAUUGUCAUUGCAAACCACAAUGGUUGCUUGGCACAGUGGCACAACAUGGCACAACCUUUGCCGGAUGAAAUUGUUUUCGCUUAUACACAGAAAUUUUCAUAGAUUUUCAACGACAAGGUUCGUGAAAAAGGUACGCUUUGUGAUGCCUUAUUGAGUGGAGGGAAAA